AUGAGUAGGGAGGAAAUAGAAGGCACAAGAAACUAUUGCCAGGAACACGGUUGUAUCUAUUGCUCUUAUCAAAAUAGAGGGGAAAAAAUAAGUGCCGUAGAUGAGACAAGUUUAGUUUGUAAAAGUUGCCAAAAUAAAGAUUUAGAAAAGGCAUUCAAAAACAGUAAGGAAUUAAAGAAACUGGAAAAUGAAGAUUUAAAAACUAGAACCCUAUUGCUAGGUCUUAAUUCAAACUUUUUAAAAGAUAUAAGUGAAAUUUUAGGCAAAAUAAAAAAUAGAAAAAGGGCCAUUAUUUCUAAAAAUACUGAUCAGUCUGCCACCAUUACUGACAACGAAAUAAAUAAUUUUUUCUUGAAAACAAUUGAAGCCUAUCACUCAGAUAUAGAAGCCGAGUUAAGCAACUCUUCUCCAGUAAAAAUUGCCGAACUCGACAGUAAGUUUCAUAAUUACAAGGACCUAUCCACUAACGAACUGGAAAUAAUUUCAAAUGACAUUUUUGAGGCAAUCAAAAAUAAAAGGGCUAAGAAGGAACUAACUGAUUUAAUAAGGAGGAUAGAAAACUGCUCGGACAGUGAUUUGUUAAAUUUUAUCCAGGAACUAGAAAAAUUUUCUUCAAUUUCUCCUUAUAAAAAAAAUGCUUAUCUGGCCCACCAGAAUAAGGCGGAUUCUUCCUUAGAAAAAUUACGACAACGCUGGAAUGAUCUAGACGAAAAAGAAAAAUUACAAUCACUAGGAUCUGAACAAAAGUCCGAAGAAUACCAAGUAGUAGACAGAAGCGAAACUUUUGAAGAAGUAAAAAUGGCUAGAGAAGAAAUUAAACAGGGAAGACAAAAAAAAGAUGAUAAUCCCUCAAUAAUUACCCAAAAUUCAAAUGAACUAGCCUCUAAAGCAUUGGUCGGUAUUACAGUCGCGAUAGCCGGAAGCACGACAAUUUUAGUGUUAGUAAUAACUCAUUUCAGACAUGCUUUUGUAGGCAAUACUUUGGCUAAUGUUUAUCAAUUUUGUGGAUAUAAAGUAGUUAGAGAAUACUAUAUUAAUGACCGCGGAGGACAAAUUACUGCUUUACGGGAUUUAGAGAAAUGUGGGGUUAAGUUUGAUAUCUGGUUUUCAGAAAGUAGUUUGUAUGAAAAAAAUAAACAUCAGAAAAUACUUACUGAAUUAGGAGAAAAAGAAUUAAUUUAUUCUCCAAAAGAAGAAAAGGCGAUUUUCUUCCGUAGCAGUUUAGCAGGGGAUGAUAAAGAUCGAGUAAUUAUUAAACAAGAUGGAGAUUAUACUUAUUUUUUUUCUGAUAUUCUUUACCUUUUAGACAAAUUACAAAGAGCUGACAAAUUAAUUUACGAAGGACAAAUGGAAAGGUUUUCCAAAAGAACCGGCAAUACGAUUGAAUUAGCAGAGGCACUGGAAUAUAUGGAUAUGGAUCAGUUAAAGUUUUUUUUGCUGGAAAAAGAACCUAAUCAACCUUUAGCGAUUAAUGUUGAAUUAUUGAAAAAAGACAAAGAAAAAACCCAACUUUAUUAUAUCCAGUACGCCCAUGCUCGCUGCCAUCAAAUAUUUAAAAAAGCCCAAGAGAGAGGCAUAAAAAAAAUUGGUUCUAGCAUUGACUUAUUAAAGCAAAAAAAAGAAAGAGAAAUAUUUAAACUAUUAGUGAGAUUUUCCUUUGUUUUAGAAAAAGUUAUUGAGGAAAAUAAACCUCAUCAUUUAAUUCACUACCUAUAUGAAUUAGCCCAACUCUGGCAAAUCUAUUAUCAAAACAGCACCAUUUUGGAGCAAGAAAAUAAAGAAUUAACCUCUCAAAAGUUACUUUUGGUAAAAAACAUUCAAAUAAUUCUAAAACUAGGGCUUAAACUUAUGGGAAUAGAAGCACCUGAACGAAUGUAA